AUGAGGAUGGUGAGGAGUACCAAUGACAGCAACCUAACAGGUUUCAUCCUGUUAGGCUUUUCUGAUCAUCCUCAGUUACAGAAGGUUCUAUUUGUGGUCAUAUUGAUCCUGUAUUUACUAACUCUUUUGGGGAACACCACCAUCAUUCUGGUGUCUCGUCUGGAACCCAAGCUUCACACGCCAAUGUAUUUCUUUCUUUCCCAUCUCUCCUUCCUGGACCUGUGCUUCACCAGCAGUGUUAUUCCCCAGCUCCUGGUAAACCUGCGGGACCCCAUGAAAACCAUCACCUAUGGUGGCUGUGUGGUUCAGCUCUACGUCUCCCUUGCUCUGGGAUCCACUGAGUGUGUCCUCCUGGCUGUGAUGUCCUAUGAUCGCUAUGUGGCUGUCUGCCGUCCCCUCCAUUACACCGUCUUAAUGCAUCCCCGUCUCUGCAUGGCCCUGGCAUCUACAGCAUGGCUCAGUGGCAUGGCCACCACCCUGGUACAGUCCACUCUCACUCUGCAGCUGCCCUUCUGUGGGCAUCGCCAAGUGGAUCAUUUCUUCUGUGAGGUCCCUGUGCUCAUCCAGUUGGCUUGCGUGGACACCACGUUCAACCAGGCAGAGCUCUUUGUGGCUAGUGUCCUAUUCCUGGUGCUGCCUCUGUCACUCAUCCUGAUUUCUUAUGGGUACAUUGCCCAAGCCAUUCUGAGGAUCGAGUCAGUCUUUGGACGAUGUAAAGCAUUUGGGACCUGCUCCUCCCACCUGACGGUCGUCAUCGUCUUCUAUGGAACCAUCAUCUUCAUGUACCUGCAGCCAGCCAAGAGUAGAUCCAAGGACCAGGGGAAGUUUGUUUCCCUCUUUUACACCGUGGUGACCCCUAUGCUUAACCCUCUUAUUUAUACCCUGAGAAAUAAGGAUGUUAAAGGGGCACUAAAGAAAAUUCUAGGGAAGAUUGUGCGAGUAAACUUUACAUGA